UUCAAUUUAUAUGAUUAUUAGCAAUGAGCACAUCAAAAAAUUUUAGGUGGACAAAACCAAUGGAACGUCAUUUCCUGGAAAUACUUGCAGAGGAGGCACAAAAAGGUAAUAAGCCAUCUAAUACCUUCAAAUCAGUUUCUAUAAAGCGAGUUGCAACAUCUAUUUCUGAAAAAUUUGGAGUCCAAUGUGACGCUAAACACGUGGAAAAUCAUUUGAGGACUGUCAAAAACACAUGGAAAACUAUAUGUACAAUUCGUGAAAACAGUGGAUUAGGAUGGGACGACAACAUGAAAAUGAUAACCUGUGACGGAGUGACAUAUGACGCUAUAGUGACGGCACACCCGAAAUAUGGUCAAUUUUUGAACAAAAAAAUUGAUUCUUAUGAUGAGAUGGCUCUUGUUGUCGGUCAAGAUAUGGCAACAGGGAGUUUUGCUAGAACUUUUGCCAAUAUAGACUUGGAUGAUAUUAAUGAAGGAUCAAUACCAUUAAAUUUCGACACUCAACAUGUCGAUGAGGAAAUAGCAAACAUAUCUUCAUCUGGUACAUCAAAACGUAAAAGGAAGAAUGUCCAAGAAAACGUCGAGCAUGAUCAUAUUCAGUUUGUAGGUGAGAAACUUGGUGAGAUUGCUGAAACACUCAAAAAAUUUACCGAGGAUAGGACACCAUAUCUUUACGAAGAAGUUAUGUCAAUGGAGAAAGAAGGAUUUGGUGACGACUUUCUUUGUGAGGUCUUCGAUUUUCUAGCCAAGAAUGAGCUUGAGGCCAAAGCUUUCUUGGCUAAAAAAACAAAGCAUAGGAAAAUUUGGCUUCAGAAGUUUACCCAAGAUUAA